CGUCGAAGGUUGCUGGUCGUCGCUCCGAUAUUCGCUUUGGUUAAUCGCCUACGUUCACGAAAAUUCACUGAUGUCUGUCUCAGUCGGAACAUCGGUGUGACGUGGAAGAGUGCCCCGAGUGAUCCUGAGGAUCGUCGCGAUCAUCUGAUCGUCCAUCCUUUGAGGCUCGGUGAAGUGUUCCGUCGUGCAGCAGACACACAAGCCGGUUUCUCUCGCAGCCGGCAAGCCGGUGCUCUGAGCUGUCCUGGUUUCGACUCUCCCAAGCCGCGGCCGGCUAAGCAGUGAUUAAUGGACCGAAUUCGUUGAAUCCAAAACUGACGGGAAAUCGGUCAGUAGUGAAAAAAAUUGGAACUCCGGAGAAAUAGCGAGAGAGGAAGGGAAAGAGUGGUGCGGAGUGAGAAGAGGAAGGAAGGUAAUUUUUAUCCCGUCCGAGUGCGGACGUCCGCUUGUGACGAGAAUUCGAGGGCCAUGACGGACGGCGAGCCCAACGUAAGUGUACAUCUCACGCUGGUACGUGUGAAAUCGCUGUGUUAAAUGUCAAAAACUGCUGCUGUAAGUGUCCAUCGCAUUCGGAUCUUUUCGAUCGCAUCGGAUCUAAUGACGAAGAACAAGCAGCGAUAUCGAUGGCGUUUGCUUGCGGGCUGCGUCGUCGUCAUAAUCGUCCUGGCUCUGGUGAUCACGGCGGCGAUUCUGCUGGAUUCGGCCGGCAACAGAACGCGAACCGCACGCGGCAUCACUCUGAAGGAAUGGCUCUCCGGCUCGUUGUCCUCCAAGAGCUUCAACGGAACGUGGAUCAACGGAGACGAGAUCCUCUACCGGGACGAAAGUGGCAAUUUGCUGAUCUUCAAUGCCAGCUCGACCACAUCCAGAAUUCUCUUGGACUCGAACAAUCCCGUUCUGCAGUCGAGUUUUGAUCACCAGUUGUCCGCCGACAGGAAGUACCUGCUGCUCGCUCUCAAUUAUCAGAAGCUGUAUCGUCACACGUACCUGGCUCACUACAAGAUCGUGAACUUGGAAACACUCGCGGAGACGGUAUUGGUGAACGAGACGAUGCCGUUGCAACUCGCAGUGUGGGGGCCACGUGGGAACGCUCUGAUCUACGUAUAUCAGAACAAUAUCUAUUACCGUCCGGAAGUAGAAGUGCCCGCCGACUAUCAGAUAACCAACACGGGAUUGUUCGGAACGAUCUACAAUGGAGUUCCGGACUGGGUGUACGAAGAGGAAGUGUUUGGCUCGAACCAGGCGCUUUGGUUCUCUCCGAACGGCACUAAAUUGGUCUUCGGCUAUUUCGAUGAUUCCAACACUCCUGUUAUGUCUAUACCGUUCUACGGAUAUCCCGGGAGCUUAACUUUCCAGUACACGUCCUCGAUACCGAUUCACUACCCAAAAAGCGGCACGACAAAUCCGACAGUCAAACUGUUCUGCGUCGAUCUCGACAUGGUGGCGCAGCAGGGUAAUGUAACCUUGGUGGAGAUCGAACAUCCGCCGGAGCUGUCUACAUCCGAGCGGAUCCUGUCGGCGGUGGACUUCCCCACGGACAAUCUCGUGUACGCGACUUGGAUGAACCGGGUGCAGAACAGGGCGUACUUCCAGCUUUGCGACGUCGACAAUCUGCUGCCAAAUUGCACGACAGCGCUUUCGUAUAGCGAGAAAAAUGGCUGGGUGGAGCAAUUCGAAGCGCCUAAGUUCAGCGCGGACGGCACGUCGUUUGUUCUGAUAUUGCCGCGGGAACAGAAGGACGGCAGCAAUUGGCGACACGUUGUGCUGGUUACGAAUGCAACCAGCGGCAGACCGACCACCACCGCCCUCACGUACGGCUAUUUCGUCGUGACGGAGAUACUUGCCUGGGAUCAGGAGGACUCGCAUCUAUACUACUUGGCCACUUCGGAACACGAUUCGGCGGUUCAGCAUUUGUACCGAGUGUCCUCGCUGGAUCCGGAGUACAAGUCAGUGUGUUUGACUUGUAACAUCGUUAGAGAGUGGGACGGCAGCCGUUGUUUGUAUAACAGCGCUAAAUUCUCCACUGACAAUUCGCAUUACGUGCUCACUUGUGCCGGGCCUGGAGUGCCCGAUGUAGCUAUCUACGAUAAGAACUUCACGUUGGUCUUCGAGUGGGAGGACAACGGCGAGAUAAGCGAGAUAAUCGCCAAGAGGUCGCAGCCGAUCGUUCAGAAGUACAAAAUUCCAGUUCCCGGAGGUUUUCACGCCCGCGUCAAGCUUCUGAUACCACCGGGUGCUGAUCUGAGCGGCGCAACCAAGUAUCCCAUGUUGGUUUACGUCUACGGCGGACCGGACUCGUAUCAGGUAACGGAGAAAUUUGACAUCGACUGGGGCACAUAUCUGGUGACAAACAAAAGCAUCAUACACGCGGCCAUCGACGGCCGCGGCUCCGGAUUAAUGGGUAACGACAUGCUGUUCGCCGGAUACCGACAUCUUGGCACUGUUGAAAUUAUCGACCAGAUUAACGUUACCAGACAUCUGCAGGACAAAUUGCCCUUCAUCGACCGUGCGAGAACAGCAAUAUGGGGCUGGAGUUACGGUGGGUACGCGACCGGCAUGACGCUCGCCAUGGAUUUACAGGGUAUCUUCAAGUGCGGCAUGUCUGUCGCGCCCGUUACGGAUUGGGCGCUUUACGAUUCGAUUUAUACCGAGCGAUUUAUGGGUCUGCCAACGCAUUCCGAUAAUCUGCAAGGCUAUGAGAAAGGUCAGUUGCUCAACAAAGUGGAAAACCUCAAGAACAAGAUGUAUUAUUUGAUUCACGGAACUCUGGACGACAACGUGCACUAUCAGCAGUCGCUUAUGCUCGCGAAAGUCUUGGAACAAAAGGACAUUCUCUUCAGACAACAGACUUACACGGACGAGGACCACGGGAUCGCGCAGUCGCGAGCGCAUCUCUACCACUCGCUUGAGAACUUUCUGGACGAGUGUUUUCAAAUAUCGCAGUCAUGAUCGCAGCGCAGAAUAGUGAUGACAAUCUAGACGUUAUAUACCAGCUGCCUCACACUUAUCUUGUAAAUAAUCUAUCACGUGUACAUAUAUAUAGUUAAUGUACGAUAUGUAAUAUGAGCGUUUUAGCGAGAGAGAAAAAGUGUACAUAACCGGAAGAUUGUUAGGAUGGGAGAGUGAGAGGGGUGAAGUCAUGAAAGUGUGAAACGAGGUAGAAUCUAAAUUUUAGAUAAACAUCGUUAGUUGUCAAACUGCGCAGGGCAGGUCCGUGAGAAAUAUACGACUUUGAUACGUUUUUUAAAGUACCGAAAUCACAAACAAGGUGUAUAUCGAAGGCCUAAUAACGGCGCGGGUAUUCAGUUGCUCUCGCUGUUCAGAUCCCCAAUAGUACUAAAGCGUUUUAUUGCGUAUCGUUCAGGGCUCGUACUUAUAUGUUCGCACUUUAUGCCAAGAUAUAUUUGAAUUGCAUCAGCACGCAAAAACUAUUAUUUUUCUCUGGAUGAAGAUCGUCAAUUUGAAGCUACAAUUGAAUGAUAAAAUUAUACGUAUUUUUUAUUCGAUUCUCUUAUCACGCGCUAUACUAGGGACAUUGGUAAAUUUGGUUGGUGCAUUAGAUAUGUUCACAUAUAUGAGUUCAGUUACUAUCUUGAAAUAUGUAUGUAGUGUGUGCGCGCGUAUGAAGCUUGGCAAUUCUCUUUUUGAACGCAAUCACGUUCGUGAAAUCAAAUUUCAUAGUAGAAAUACAUAAAAACAAAAGCACUUUCUAUAAAAAGUUGCUUUCAACUUUUCCAGAAAUAAUUGUCAUUGAUUUUUUCAAACAAUUAUUUUAUAAAAUUGAAAGAACAAAAUAUGCUAUUGUGUGUACCGAGUACGCACUCUCCGACAAUAAUAUUAUCGAGGCGAUAUUUUGAAAUAUAAUUGCAGUCCACUCAACAUGUGAAAUAAACUUAUUCCUGUUUGAAACGCAUUUGUUUCAAAUACUUAGAAUCCACCAAUUGAUCGUUUUGUACAAUAAUGCAACAAUGAGUUGUCUGAACUCAUAUAUGUUAUCUUAAGGCUCUGGAAUACUCAGCAAAAAAUAUAUAGAAUUGUUAUAUGUAAAGAAAAGUAAAUUAAAAUAUUGAUUAUUGUUAAUAUUAGUAAUUAAUAUAUACUUGUACUGUUGUGCUAAUCGAUAGACUUUUACGAAAUAAGAAUAUUGUACAAGCACAACCACGCCAAUUAACCUUCACAUUUUCUCGCCGACAAUGAUAUAAUCAUUUAAUAUACGAAACGUCGAAAUUAGCGUACCAUAAAAAUGUUGAGACGAACCAAUUAAUUGUUGACAUAUAUUUAAAAACUGUCCUUGAAGCGUUAUAUAUUUUCACAGCACCAUUUAACGAUCGAUUGUUGAGGAGAUAUAUUUGUAAUUUCGAGGAAAGUAUAACGGCAACAUAAAAAGUGCGUUUAAAGACAAUGAAAAAUUGAUUUCAACUUUCAAAAUCGACGAAACAGUAAAAGCAAUGUUUUGUAACGAUUUAUAGUUAGAUAUAUUAUUUUUUCUACCCCAAAAAAUCGUACGUUUUGAGAAAAACAUUUGACUACAAAAAUUAAUA